AUGGUGAGUGAUGGGAUGGUUAGUGCUGGGAUGGUGAGUGAUGGGAUGGUGAGUGAUGGGACGGUGAGUGCUGGGAUGGUGAGUGAUGGGAUGGUGAGUGCCCGGAUGGUGAGUGCUGGGAUGGUGAGUGAUGGGAUGGUGAGUGCUGGGCUGGUGAGUGAUGGGAUGGUUAGUGAUGGGACGGUGAGUGCUGGGAUGGUGAGUGUUGAGAUGGUUAGUGCUGGGAUGGUUAGUGAUCGGAUGGUUAGUGCUGGGAUGGUGAGUGAUGGGAUGGUGAGUGAUGGGACGGUGAGUGCUGGGAGGGUGAGUGCUGGGAUGGUGAGUGAUGGGAUGGUGAGUGCCCGGAUGGUGAGUGCUGGGAUGGUUAGUGUUGGGAUGGUGAGUGAUGGGAUGGUGAGUGCUGUGAUGGGAGGUGCUGGGAUGGUGAGUGAUGGGAUGGUGAGUGAUGGGACGGUGAGUGCUGGGAUGGUGAGUGUUGAGAUGGUUAGUGCUGGGAUGGUUAGUGCUGGGAUGGUGAGUGCUGGGAUGGUGAGUGAUGGGAUGGUUAGUGCUGGGAUGGUGAGUGAUGGGAUGGUUAGUGCUGGGAUGGUGAGUGAUGGGAUGGUGAGUGAUGGGACGGUGAGUGCUGGGAUGGUGAGUGAUGGGAUGGUGAGUGCCCGGAUGGUGAGUGCUGGGAUGGUGAGUGAUGGGAUGGUGAGUGCUGGGAUGGUGAGUGAUGGGAUGGUUAGUGAUGGGACGGUGAGUGCUGGGAUGGUGAUUGUUGAGAUGGUGGUGCUGGGAUGGUUAGUGCUGGGAUGUGCUGAGAUGGUGAGUGAUGGGAUGGUUAGUGCUGGGAUGGUGAGUGCUGGGAGGGUGAGUGCUGGGAUGGUGAGUGAUGGGAUGGUGAGUGCUGGGAUGGUGAGUGAUGGGAUGGUUCGUGAUGGGACAGUGAGUGCUGGGGUGGAUAGUGUUGGGAUGGUGAGUGCUGGGAUGUGUUGGGAUGGUGAGUGCUGGGAUGGUGAGUGCGGUGAUGGGAGGGUGAGUGCUGAGAUGGUGAGUGAUGGGAUGGUUAGUGCUGGGAUGGUGAGCGCUGGGAGGGUGAGUGCUGGGAUGGUGAGUGAUGGGAUGGUGAGUGAUGGGAUGGUGAGUGCUGGGAUGGUGAGUGUUGAGAUGGUUAGUGCUGGGAUGGUUUGUGCUGGGAUGGUGAGUGCUGGGAUGGUGAGUGAUGGGAUGGUGAGUGCUGGGAUAGUGAGUGAUGGGAUGGUUAGUGAUGGGACGGUGAGUGCUGGGGUGGUUAGUGUUGGGAUGGUGAGUGCUGGGAUGGUGAGUGCGGUGAUGGGAAGUUCUGGGAUGGUGAGUGAUGGGAUGGUGAGUGAUGGGACUGUGAGUGCUGGGAUGGUGAGUGAUGGGAUGGUGAGUGCCCGGAUGGUGAGUGCUGGGAUGGUGAGUGCGGUGAGGGUGAGUGCUGGGAUGGUGAGUGAUGGGAUGGUUAGAGAUGGGACGGUGAGUGCUGGGAUGGUGAGUGUUGAGAUGGUUAGUGCUGGGAUGGUUUGUGCUGGGAUGGUGAGUGCUGGGAUGGUGAGUGAUGGGAUGUGUUGGGAUGGUGAGUGCUGGGAUGGUGAGUGCGGUGAUGGGAGGGUGAGUGCUGAGAUGGUGAGUGAUGGGAUGGUUAGUGCUGGGAUGGUGAGUGCUGGGAGGGUGAGUGCUGGGAUGGUGAGUGAUGGGAUGGUGAGUGCUGGGAUGGUGAGUGAUGGGAUGGUUAGUGAUGGGACAGUGAGUGCUGGGGUGGAUAGUGUUGGGAUGGUGAGUGCUGGGAUGUGUUGGGAUGGUGAGUGCUGGGAUGGUGAGUGCGGUGAUGGGAGGGUGAGUGCUGAGAUGGUGAGUGAUGGGAUGGUUAGUGCUGGGAUGGUGAGCGCUGGGAGGGUGAGUGCUGGGAUGGUGAGUGAUGGGAUGGUGAGUGAUGGGAUGGUGAGUGCUGGGAUGGUGAGUGUUGAGAUGGUUAGUGCUGGGAUGGUUUUUGCUGGGAUGGUGAGUGCUGGGAUGGUGAGUGAUGGGAUGUGUUGGGAUGGUGAGUGCUGGGAUGGUGAGUGCGGUGAUGGGAGGGUGAGUGCUGAGAUGGUGAGUGAUGGGAUGGUUAGUACUGGGAUGGUGAGUGCUGGGAGGGUGAAUGCUGGGAUGGUGAGUGAUGGGACGGUGAGUGCUGGGAUGGUGAGUGAUGGGAUGGUUAGUGAUGGGACAGUGAGUGCUGGGGUGGUUAGUGUUGGGAUGGUGAGUGCUGGGAUGUGUUGGGAUGGUGAGUGCUGGGAUGAUGAGUGCGGUGAUGGGAGGGUGAGUGCUGAGAUGGUGAGUGAUGGGAUGGUUAGUGCUGGGAUGGUGAGUUAUGGGAGGGUGAGUACUGGGAUGGUGAGUGAUGGGAUGGUGAGUGAUGGGAUGGUGAGUGCUGGGAUGGUGAGUGAUGGGAUGGUUAGUGCUGGGAUGGUGAGUGCUGGGAUGGUGAGUGAUGGGAUGUGUUGGGAUGGUGAGUUCUGGGAUGGUGAGUACGGUGAUGGGAAGGUGAGUGCUGGGAUGGUGAGUGUUGAGAUGGUUAGUGCUGGGAUGGUUUGUGCUGGGAUGGUGAGUGCUGGGAUGGUGAGUGAUGGGAUGUGUUGGGAUGGUGAGUGCUGGGAUGGUGAGUGCAGUGAUGGGAGGGUGAGUGCUGAGAUGGUGAGUGAUGGGAUGGUUAGUACUGGGAUGGUGAGUGCUGGGAGGGUGAGUGCUGGGAUGGUGAGUGAUGGGAUGGUGAGUGCUGGGAUGGUGAGUGAUGGGAUGGUUAGUGAUGGGACAGUGAGUGCUGGGGUGGUUAGUGUUGGGAUGGUGAGUGCUGGGAUGUGUUGGGAUGGUGAGUGCUGGGAUGGUGAGUGCGGUGAUGGGAGGGUGAGUGCUGAGAUGGUGAGUGAUGGGAUGGUUAGUGCUGGGAUGGUGAGUCCUGGGAGGGUGAGUGCUGGGAUGGUGAGUGAUGGGAUGGUGAGUGAUGGGAUGGUGAGUGCUGGGAUGGUGAGUGAUGGGAUGGUUAGUGCUGGGAUGGUGAGUGCUGGGAUGGUGAGUGAUGGGAUGUGUUGGGAUGGUGAGUGCUGGGAUGGUGAGUGCGGUGAUGGGAAGGUGAGUGCUGGGAUGGUGAGUGUUGAGAUGGUUAGUGCUGGGAUGGUUAGUGCUGGGAUGGUGAGUGCUGGGAUGGUGAGUGAUGGGAUGGUGAGUGCUGGGAUAGUGAGUGAUGGGAUGGUUAGUGCUGGGAUGGUUAGUGCUGGGAUGGUGAGUGCUGGGAUGGUGAGUGAUGGGAUGUGUUGGGAUGGUGAGUGCUGGGAUGGUGAGUGCGGUGAUGGGAGGGUGAGUGCUGAGAUGGUGAGUGAUGGGAUGGUUAGUGCUGGGAUGGUGAGUGCUGGGAGGGUGAGUGCUGGGAUGGUGAGUGAUGGGAUGGUUAGUGCUGGGAUGGUGAGUGCUGGGAUGGUGUGUGAUGGGAUGUGUUGGGAUGGUGAGUGCUGGGAUGGUGAGUGCGGUGAUGGGAGGGUGAGUGCUGAGAUGGUGAGUGAUGGGAUGGUUAGUGCUGGGAUGGUGAGUGCUGGGAUGGUGAGUGAUGGGAUGGUGGGUGCUGGGAUGGUGAGUGAUGGGAUGGUUAGUGAUGGGACGGUGAGUGCUGGGGUGGUUAGUGUUGGUAGGGUGAGUGCUGGGAUGGUGAGUGCUGUGAUGGUGAUUGAUGGGACGGUGAGAGCUGGGAUGGUGAGUGCUGGGAUGGUGAGUGCUGGGAGGGUGAGUGCCCGGAUGGUGAGUGCUGGGAUGGUGAGUUCCCGGAUGGAGAGGGAGGGAGGUGCUGUGGAAAGCCUGUCAUCUGUGGAGCUACCCAACAACGUUCGCACACCCGCACAACAGCAGUGGGUUAGAGACGAGGCAGCUGGAGUCCCUGCUGGAGCGGAUGACAAUCCGCUGAAGUUGUACUCAACGUUCGACAUCGACGUAAGUAUUUGA